ACCGAGUGGCCUUACCUAUGGAUCUCCCCGCUCUGUUUCGUGCUGCUGCUCCUCCCAACAUUCCCCCACUUCACUCCGCUCCACCCCCAAGGGGUAAUUACAUCAUUGAGAAAGACAAUAAUAUUGCCAUUGAAGGUAGGAAUUUGAACUUCUCAAUCAAAACAAGGAAAGGGGAUUUAGUUCCCAUUCUUAAGGACUGUUCUCUUAGGAUUCCAUCUGGGCAGCUUUGGAUGCUUCUUGGACCGAAUGGGUGUGGAAAAUCUACCCUUUUGAAGAUUCUGGCUGGUCUUUUGAACCCAACUAGUGGAACCUUGUAUCUGAAAAGGCCUAAGAGCUUUGUUUUUCAGAAUCCAGACCAUCAGGUUGUGAUGCCUACAGUCGAAGCAGAUGUAUCAUUUGGCCUUGGGAAGUUGAACCUGACUGAGGAUGAAGUUAAGUGCACGGUGUCAAAAGCUUUGGAUGCUGUGGGAAUGUCUGCCUACAUGCAAAGGCCAGUUCAAACUCUCAGCGGUGGUCAGAAACAAAGGGUUGCGAUUGCUGGUGCUCUAGCUGAAGCAUGUAAAGUGCUCUUAUUGGAUGAGCUAACAACAUUCUUAGAUGAAACUGAUCAGGUUGGUGUGAUCAAAGCCGUGAAGAACUGCUUGAAUGCAUCUGAUGAUGUUACGGCUCUUUGGGUGACCCAUCGAUUGGAAGAACUUGAAUAUGCAGACGGUGCUUUAUACAUGGAAAAUGGGAAUGUUGUCAAGCAGGGUGAUGGAUCAAGCAUGAUAAAUUUCAUCGAAGCCAGACAAUCCGCUUACAUUAACCGAAUUAAUUCUUGAGGAUAUUCUUUUAAAUUCCUUUCUUUGGUUCAUAACAAUUCUCUUGUUUAUGAUCUCAGAUCCUAGUUAUCUACAAAUAUACCGAUUGCUCCAGUUCUCUUGUCCUGUUUUUUUAUGGAACACCAAGCAUGGUAAUAAGCAAUACUGAAACAAGUUCCAACCA